AUGUCACCUUUUCACACACACAGAAGGCAGCAGUGGGAAAGAAGAGUAGUUCCUCCUUUCGUGCAAAACGCAAAUCUCUCUGACGAGUUUGUCCUCUCAUGCUCGCCGUUCGCGAGUUCGCGAGUUCACUCCCCCCCUCCUCUCCCCAAUAUGGCUGCGCUCAGGGGCAAAGUAGUGCCUAGUCGUCUCACGACUUGUAUCUUUAAACAGACGAUUUCAGCCUGUAUUUCCACAUUACCCUUUGCAUCGACACGGAACGGGUAUGUUGUGCACAGAUCACAUCUUCGCACAGUCAGAGGAAGUGGAGGGUCUUUUGUCCAGGCUCUGUUGGGACGUCACAGUCAUGGACGGUUAUACUUGAUCAGUGCCGUGGCAGUCCGACAGAAUAGCUCACAGACCACUGAUGGAAUGGCACCUGCUACCAGUUCAAUAGCAGAUAUGUCUUUAUCUGCUCCAGAAUCAGCUGCAGAAGCUGCUCCAUUUCAUGCUACAGAAUCUGACGCUGCUAUAGUUUCUGUUCCAGUAUCUGCUCCUUUAUCGGCUUCAGAAUCAGUUUCUGCUCCUCAUCUGAAUCCAGUCAUCUCUCAGCCAGUCACAGAAGUAGCCGAAGCCCCUGUUCUGGCAAUGGAUGUCCUGCAGGAGGCAGGAACAGAACUUAGCUUGGCAGAAUUGGGACUUGGAGCCUUUACACCUGUAGGUCUGAUUCAGAACAUGUUGGAAUUCAUGCAUGUCAGCAUUGGCCUGCCCUGGUGGGGUGCUAUUGUUGCAGGUACUAUCAUAGCUCGCUGUGCAGUGUUCCCGGUCAUCGUAAAGGGCCAAAGAGAGGCAGCUAAGCUGAACAAUGUACUGCCAGAGAUGACCAAGCUCACCAAUCGCAUGAAUGAGGCAAAACAGAGUGGCAACAAGUUUGAAUUCUCGAAGGCAUACUCUGACAUGAUGUUGUUCCAGAAGAAUAAAGAUGUUAACCCUCUCCGUGGGUUCCUCGUCCCUUUGGUGCAGGCACCUGUCUUUAUUUCAUUCUUCAUUGCCUUGCGUAAAAUGGCUUACGCCCCAGUGCCCAGCAUGCAGACUGGUGGAGUGGGCUGGUUUACAGACUUAACUGCAGCAGAUCCGUAUUACAUCCUUCCACUUGCUGUCACAGGGACCAUGUUUGCCAUCCUGGAGUUGGGAGCAGAGUCAGGUGUAGACAACCCCAACCUGAAAGCCAUGAAGACGGUUUUCAGAAUCAUGCCAUUUAUCAUCUUACCGAUGACUAUUAACUUCCCCACAGCAGUGUUUACAUACUGGAUGACCUCGAAUCUUUUUUCGCUGGGUCAGGUAGCCCUGCUGAGGCAUCCAGCAGUGAGAGAGAAGCUUAAUAUCCCAGCACGCAUAACACACCCCCCGUCAGCCCUGCCUCCCAACGAGGGUUUUGUUGACAAUCUCAAGAAAGGGUGGAAGAACGCCCAACUGGCUCAUCAGCUACAGGAGAGGGAGAGGCGGAUCAAGGACCACCUUGACAUUGCAGCUAAAGGUCCACUGAGGCAGACCUUUACCCAGAAUCCUCUGCAACAGGCAUCUGCAUCCAUGUCAACAGAAAAUACAUCCAGGCCCAAGCAAGUUCAGCAAAAGGGUGAGAAGAAGAGGCCCUGGGAGGAGACGAUUGGUUGAAAACUAGCUACCAGUUAGUUUUUAACUUAAAUAUAUGUAUAUUUAUUCGUGAAGAGAAAUAACGAGCGUAAUGUGAUCACUGUAAAUGUUAAUUCAUUAAAGAGGAAACUGACUGGGAGAAUGCUGGUUGUUAUUUUUUUCCACUUGUAAAAUGUUUAAACAGACAGAGGAGACAUUGAGAUUUUUUAUUUAAAAUUCAUUGCACAUAAAUAUGGUGUCAAUAAAUCUGAACCUUCAAUACAAAUCAUUUUUACUUUUAA